AUGGCCCCCCACGCAAGCUCGGAUGUUGCUGCCAAUGGCACCGUGAACGGGUCGGCUCGUACGCAGGCCGCUCCCCUUUUUACCGUCAACUCUCCCAACGUCGUCUACACCGACUCCGAAAUCAAGAGCAAGUAUGCCUACCAUACCACUGACAUCACCCGCACCGCCGACAACAAGUUGGUUGCUACCCCCAAGGCCACCAACUACGACUUCAAGGUCGACCGCAAGGUGGGCAAGGUCGGUGUGAUGAUGGUCGGAUGGGGUGGAAACAACGGUUCCACCGUCACCGCAGGUCUACUUGGCAACCGCCGCAACCUCGUUUGGGAAACUCGCGAGGGCCAGCGUGCGUCCAACUACUACGGAUCGGUGGUUAUGGGUUCGACCAUCAAGCUGGGAACCGAUGCCAAGACCGGCGAAGAGAUCAACAUUCCCUUCCAUGACAUGCUGCCGAUGGUCCAUCCCAACGACCUCGCCAUUGGUGGCUGGGACAUCAGCAGCAUGAACCUCGCCGAUGCCAUGGAUCGGGCUCAGGUCCUCGAGCCUACCCUCAAGCAGCUCGUUCGCAAGGAGAUGGCUGAGAUGAAGCCCUUGCCCAGUAUCUACUACCCCGACUUUAUCGCUGCCAACCAGGAGGAUCGUGCCGACAACGUCCUCGAGGGUUCCAAGGCAAGCUGGGCUCACGUUGAGAAGAUUCAGCAGGAUAUUCGCGACUUCAAGGCGAACAACGGCUUGGACAAGGUCAUUGUCAUGUGGACUGCCAACACCGAGCGUUACGCGGACAUCCUGCCCGGUGUCAACGACACGGCCGACAACCUCCUCAACUCGAUCAAGACCGGACACGAGGAAGUUGCCCCGUCCACCGUCUUUGCCGUGGCCUCCAUCCUGGAGAACACCCCGUUCAUCAACGGAUCGCCCCAGAACACUUUCGUUCCCGGAGCGCUCCAGCUGGCUGAGCAGCGCAACGCGUUCAUCGGUGGCGACGACUUCAAGUCCGGCCAGACCAAGAUGAAGUCGGCCCUGGUGGACUUCCUGAUCAACGCGGGUAUCAAGCUCACCUCCAUUGCGAGCUACAACCACCUGGGUAACAACGACGGCAAGAACCUGAGCUCGCAGAAGCAGUUCCGCUCAAAGGAGAUCUCCAAGUCCAACGUGGUCGACGACAUGGUGGCGGCCAACCAGAUCCUCUACGAGAAAGACGAGCACCCCGACCACACGGUGGUGAUCAAGUACAUGCCGGCGGUGGGCGACAACAAGCGGGCCCUGGACGAGUACUACGCCGAGAUCUUCAUGGGCGGACACCAGACUAUCAGCUUGUUCAACAUCUGCGAGGACUCGCUGCUGGCGUCGCCCCUGAUCAUCGAUCUGGUGCUGAUCGCUGAGAUGAUGACCCGCAUCAGCUGGAAGGCGGACGGCGCCGAGGAGUACAAGGGCUUCCACAGCGUGCUCAGCGUGCUGAGCUACAUGCUCAAGGCGCCUCUGACGCCCCCUGGCACGCCUGUUGUCAACUCUCUGAACAAGCAGCGUAGCGCCUUGACCAACAUCUUCCGUGCCUGUGUCGGGUUGCAGCCCGAAUCGGAGAUGACUCUGGAGCACAAGCUGUUCUAG